AUGGGUAUUUUCUCGGCGCUUUCGGGAAUUUUUGGAAUCGGAAAAAAACAGGUCAAUAUUAUUGUUGUUGGUUUGGACAAUUCGGGAAAGAGCACAUUUUUGAAUCAUUUGCGCCCGGUAGAUCAAAGAUCAUCGCAAAUUGUGCCGACUGUUGGCUUCUCGAUGUCGAAUUUCAGCACUGGAAAUCUGACAUUUAAUGCGUUCGAUAUGGCUGGGCAGGGAAAAUAUCGAUCGAUGUGGGAAUCGUAUUAUGGAACAUCGCAGGCACUGAUUUUUGUUGUUGAUAGCGCGGAUCGAAUGCGGAUUCCGCUAGCUAGGGAUGAAUUCUGGAUGAUUAUGGAUCAUAAAGAUAUUGCAAAUAGACCGGUAUGCAUUUUUGGUGAAUUUUUAAAAAAAAUUCGCAGACAGCAGGAUUCGAACCUACGCGGGCAAAGCCCAUUUGAUUUCGAGUCAAACUCCUUAACCACUCGGACAUGUCUGCACAUUUUUCGGCGUUCAAAAUAUCGUUUUUAUAUUUUAUGCCUGAAUUUGUUGCUAGUUUUGAAAUGACAAAACAUUUUUUAUUACGAACAAGCCUGUAUGUCAAAAAGAUUUUAGAGCCAAAAUCUACAGUAAUCCUAUAAAUUAACAAGAAACUGUAGAUCACCUGGUUUGUGAGCUAAAUAUCUACAGUACCCAAAAAAAUUCCAAAUUUCUUUUGCUCAACUAGAUUUUAGAGCCAAGCCCUACAGUAAUCCUAUGAAAUACUAAGAAUCUGUGGCUCACCUGGUUGACCUAAGCAUCUCCAUUACGAAACCAAAAGUUCACUUUUAAACUUCUACCGUACACCAACUCUUUCCAGAUUCCAAUAAUGGUCCUCGCUAACAAAAUGGACGAAACUGAUGCAAUGUCAGCGUCAGAAAUAUCAGUUAGUCUUGGUUUAGAUGUAAUUCGAGGGCGACAUUGGUCAAUUCAAGCAACUUGUGCAACUAGUGGUGUAGGGUUGGAUAAGGUUAGUUUUUUUUUUGUUUUGUGCACAAGUCUGGCUCAAUUUUCCGUAGACCAUGAAAUUUUCUGAAACUGAAAGAAAAAAUAUAUGGCUCUAUUUAGAUUUUGAAUGAAUACACAGAUAAUCCCUUUUUCACGUCAUAACUCAUUUCAAAAAAAAAACAUUUCAGAAUUUAUGAAAAAUGAAAGGUGUUAACUGAUAAGAAGUUCAAAAAAAUCUAAAGUAGACUACUGUAAUUUCUUGUGUGUAAUUUCGCGUCGCGGUGUAUAUGUGUCGCUUCAGUGAUUCCGCGAACUUUUUGAAUUUUUUUUUCUCAGCAAUUGAAUUUUGCAAAUUAUUGAUAACUGAAGCUCUAGAGACAAAUUCAAUAACUGUUAAGCUAAGACUUUUCAAAAGUCAUUCCCAACUAUACAAUUUCCAGGCUCUCGAAUGGUUAUCGGUCGAAGUGCAAAGAUUUCUCGACAGUCGGAAAACAUAA